AUGAGCGAAAUUACCCUUUUGCAGACACAGGCCGAACUCCCAGAGAUACCCUGUUCUUCCGGCAUAGAGAAUGAAGCAACUGGUUUGGAACCAGCCGCUCGCGCGUCCCAGCGACAUCCGCUAGGUGUGAAGCCGUCUGGGAAUGAGUUGACACUAGAUGCUUCCCAGCCUAAUGCCCAAGCUUUCAUGGGUUUCUUCGGACGUCUGCCUGGCGCCUUACUGCUGGAAGUCUUGGAGUAUCUGGAUUCUCAAGAUCUAGUCGCAUUGGGGUCUACGUGUCGGGGACUGUAUGCCUACUCUGCGCAAGAUAGGCUGUGGAGGGACAUUGGUGUGAACAACACGACACGGGACUUUGAGUGGCGUGGCAGUUUUCGAGCGUCUCUAAGGGGUCUUCCAUCAGCCAAACUGGCUAAUAUCGACUGCUCAUCCUUAUUCUCUGAUGCACUCUAUCAGCCCUUCCUGUGCUCUCAGAUCUCCCUGUCCCCUUAUGUCUCGAACAUACCCCGGCAGAAUGAGAUUGCGCGCCUUACAGACCUGUCGCUUGCCCAGUUCACUGACUCAUGGGUCGAUAAACCGUUCAUCUUGACACAUCCUGUCAAGAGGUGGAAGGUCUUCGAGGAAUGGAACGAAGCCCACUUGCUGUCUAAAUACGGGCACAUCUCUUUUGUCUGUGAGUCUGUCACAUGGCCCUUUGAGAAGUACGUGAAAUACAUGAACACUACUCAAGAUGAGUCGCCCCUCUAUCUCUUUGACCGAGGCUUUGUCGAGAAAAUGGGAUUGCAAGUUGGAAGCAAAGACCCAAUGGUGCAUAACGCUUAUGAGCCUCCACUUGCUUUCCAGGAGGACCUCUUUACGCUCCUGCAGGAACAACGCCCAGAUCAUCGAUGGCUAAUAAUCGGGCCAAAAUACAGCGGCUCGACGUUUCACAAAGACCCGAACGCAACGUCAGCCUGGAACGCGGUCAUUCGAGGCUCGAAGUAUUGGAUCAUGUUUCCCAAUUCCGUUUUACCACCUGGUGUCUACAUGUCCGAAGAUCAAAGUGAAGUAACCUCUCCGCUGAGUAUAGCCGAAUGGUUACUCGGAUUCCACGCCGAAGCUCGACAAACCAUUGGUUGUGUUGAAGGAAUCUGCCGGGAAGGCGAAGUGCUCCACGUGCCGAGUGGCUGGUGGCAUCUGGUCGUCAACCUCGAACCGGCAAUUGCAAUCACACAGAACUUCGUACCCCGGGCUCAUGUCAGAUCAGCAAUUCGAUUCCUCAAGGAGAAACCAGACCAAGUUUCCGGCUUCAAGGACGACGUCAAGGACCCAUAUGGGCUCUUCAUGGAGCGUUUGAGGCAAUCUUAUCCUGAUCUUGCAGCGUCACUCGACGAGCGCGACAACAAGAAGCGCAAAUGGGAAGAGGUAGUGGCGGAUCCCGGCAAUGCUGACGGAGAGCGCCAAGGGUUCAGCUUCGCAUUCGGGGAGGACAUCGAUGAAGAGGACAUAGAAUAA